UAGCGAUGCAUUGUGGGCUCGCCUGGAGUUGAUCCUGAAUGGAAGUGGCGCGCCGUCGCUGACAUUAACAGGUCCAGGCGACUGGGAUUCGGACGCAGGCUGGGAUUCGGACGCCUCGGACCUCGGGUGCAGAGCUGACCGCGAGGAGGCGGCGGCAGAGGCGCGGCGAGCGUUGAUUGAGGGGACGGUUCUGCGCGGCCCCAAGAGAUGGCUCACAACAAGAUCCCGCCGCGGUGGCUAAACUGUCCGCGGCGCGGCCAGCCGGUGGCAGGAAGAUUCUUACCUCUGAAGACAAUGUUGGGACCAAGGUAUGAUAGUCAAGUUGCUGAAGAAAAUCGGUUCCAUCCCAGUAUGCUAUCAAAUUAUCUAAAGAGUCUGAAGGUUAAAAUGGGCUUGUUGGUGGACCUGACAAACACUUCAAGGUUCUAUGACAGAAAUGACAUAGAAAAAGAAGGAAUCAAAUAUAUAAAACUUCAAUGUAAAGGACAUGGUGAGUGCCCUACAACGGAGAAUACUGAGACAUUUAUUCGUCUGUGUGAGCGGUUUAAUGAAAGAAACCCACCUGAACUUAUAGGUGUUCAUUGUACCCAUGGUUUCAAUCGUACUGGUUUCCUCAUAUGUGCCUUUUUGGUGGAGAAAAUGGAUUGGAGUAUUGAAGCAGCAGUUGCUACUUUUGCUCAAGCCAGACCACCAGGAAUUUAUAAGGGUGAUUAUUUGAAAGAACUUUUUCGUCGCUAUGGUGAUAUAGAGGAAGCACCACCCCCACCUCUAUUGCCAGAUUGGUGUUUUGAGGAUGAUGAAGAUGAAGAUGAGGAUGAAGAUGGAAAAAAGGAAUCAGAACCUGGGUCAAGUGCCUCCUUUGGCAAAAGGAGAAAAGAACGGUUAAAACUGGGUGCUAUUUUCUUGGAAGGUGUAACUGUUAAAGGUGUAACGCAAGUAACAACUCAACCAAAGUUAGGAGAAGUACAGCAGAAGUGUCAUCAAUUCUGUGGCUGGGAAGGGUCUGGAUUCCCUGGAGCACAGCCUGUUUCCAUGGACAAGCAAAAUAUUAAACUUUUGGAGCAGAAGCCAUAUAAAGUAAGCUGGAAAGCAGAUGGUACUCGGUAUAUGAUGUUGAUUGAUGGCACAAAUGAAGUUUUUAUGAUUGAUAGAGAUAAUUCAGUGUUUCAUGUUUCAAAUCUGGAAUUUCCAUUUCGUAAAGACCUUCGUAUACAUUUAUCAAAUACUCUCUUAGAUGGGGAAAUGAUUAUUGACAGAGUAAAUGGACAGGCCGUUCCUAGAUACUUGAUAUAUGACAUAAUUAAAUUCAAUGCACAGCCGGUUGGAGAUUGUGAUUUUAAUAUUCGUCUACAGUGUAUAGAACGAGAAAUAAUAAAUCCUCGACAUGAAAAAAUGAAGUCGGGGCUCAUUGACAAGACACAGGAACCAUUUAGUGUCAGAAAUAAGCCAUUUUUUGACAUCCAUGCUUCAAGAAAGCUACUUGAAGGAAAUUUUGCCAAAGAAGUUAGCCAUGAAAUGGAUGGACUCAUUUUUCAGCCCAUUGGAAAAUAUAAACCUGGUCGAUGUGAUGAUAUUUUGAAAUGGAAGCCUCCCAGUCUGAAUUCUGUGGAUUUUCGCCUAAAAAUAACAAGAAUGGGAGGAGAAGGGUUACUUCCUCAAAACAUUGGCCUUCUCUAUGUUGGAGGUUAUGACAGACCCUUUGCACAAAUCAAGGUGACAAAAGAGCUAAAACAGUAUGACAACAAAAUUAUAGAAUGCAAAUUUGAGAACAACAGCUGGGUCUUUAUGAGACAGAGAACAGACAAAAGUUUUCCUAAUGCCUACAACACUGCCAUGGCUGUGUGCAACAGUAUCUCAAACCCUGUCACCAAGGAGAUCCUGUUUGAGUUCAUCGACAGAUGUGCGGCAGCUUCUCAAGGACAGAAGCGCAGACAUCAUCUGGACCCGGACACGGAGCUCAUGCCUCCACCACCUCCCAAAAGACCUCGCCCUUUGACCUAAGACCCGCCUCUGACUUCAGGACUGAGAGGAAAGAUGAGUGAGGAAGAAUACAGUUGCCCCAUUUUUUGGCAACCAGAGAAAUUCAAAAAAGAAUGCAGCUUAAUGUUGAUACACACUUGACUUUUUUUUUAAAAAAAAAAGAAAAGUAUUGUAGCCAGCCUGUAAAUAUUUGAUGCAUUUGUUUCCUCAGUGCUACAGUACGUCAUGGACUUAAACAUUUUAUUUAUAUCUGAUAAACUCAGCCUUACCUUGUGGAAUCUGAAGAUUGAAAUAUCCAAAGGUUUAAACAAAUGAGAUCGAAAUCAAUGAAAAAGAGGCCUUGUUUAUAUAUGGGUAACUUCCGCUUUAAUUUAUAAAUUUAGCAAUCUGGAACUGUGAGCACAUAGAACACUGUCUUUUUUAGAAGUUAUCUUUCAACUAUGGUAGAUUUUCCUUUUACAAAAUUUAGGCAAUGGCAUUAAACAUUCUUGCUGUCAUCUAACAUGGAUUUUUCCUACAUUUCUGAAAUUCUUGUAUUCAAAAACAAGUAUCAAGGUUGUUAAAUAUUGUACUAUACUAAACAGCUUGGUCUGGCUUAUAUCAUUUUAAGAAGUUUUUUUUUUUUUGGAAAUGUAAAAGCAAAAAAGCAAAGCUCCAUUUUUGUGAAUUUCAUCCUUUCUAAAGAAAGUAUGUUGAGUGUUUUCAUCUGUUUCUGUUGUUUGAGCUACAGUAUCAGGUAGCCAGUGUGUCCACUCUGGCAGUGGUCUCGAGUUACUUCAUGGGACUUACAGGUACACUGCCCAGUCCUGUUAUUGGUUGUUCUCCCAGAAGACUUUUUUUUUCCCCAGUGCCAGGGCUACUUCUGCUUUACCUCAGUGGUAUCAGCACAUUGUCAAUUACAUUGAAACACACAGCUCACUGUGAUUAUGGGAGUGAUACCAAAUACACACAGUGUUGUAUUAGUUCCCUUGCACAAAACAGCAAAGGAAAUGCCAACUGACUCCUUUGAUUAGAAGGUAAUGUCAACGCAAGAGAAUGCUGUCACCAGAAAAUGCUCUCCCACUGCUAGAUAAAUGCAGAGGCAAAGACUAGACAUCUGUAGGAACUGAACAUCAAGGAAGCCAAGACAUUCAUUUUCAAAGCCAGAAUUCUAUCAUAUUCUAUUCUGGGAAUGCUAUUUCUGUUGUACAUCUGAAUUUUAAAACGUUUACUGAUAGAUAAUGGAUUUAAAGAGCAGCUAAUUGGUCAUAAGCCAUUGUCGAGAAACCGUGUUCUGAUUGGUUUGAGAAGGAACUCUGAGAAUUAGCCUACUAGAGGCUAACGUAUUUAUUUUUAGAGGUACAGGUUUUAAGUGUGUGUAUUUAAAACAAAUUUUCAUGAUCUGAAUUUUAUAUGUAUAUGCAUAUACAUGUGAGUAUAUGCAACAGUGUAUAUUCUUCUACUAAUAGACAUGAAAAUCCAACGAGUCACCUGGUAGACUGGAUAUCUGAUAGGAUUUCUAUCUGAAAUAGCACAGAUUAACCAAAAAUGUAUUUAUAUGCACCUGAGUUUUUGUGUUUUUAAGCAAAAUUUUCUCCUGCAGUGCUUUUCUAGAUGAAAUACUAGAGUCCUGCUCGGGCUUCUUUCUUUAUUGGUCCCAGGUUCUGGAAUGUACAGUGGAUUUAUUCAAAAGGCCAUUUUAGCAUUUCUUUCGUAGAGUACUUUUGUGGGUGUGAGUGCUACAGGGAUUAAAGCAUCUGAUUGCCACAGUGGCUGUUGAAAGACAGAAAUUGGUAAGGCUUCAUGGUGUCUUGUACAGAGUGGAUCUAAAAAAAUGCCUAUGCAACUCCAAAUAGCCUGAUGCCUGCGCCACUGAGAUUAGCGGCUCUUUUCACGCAGUCCGGUGCUUUCUUCCGAGCCUGUGUAAUGCAGAAGCCUUUUGCAGAUGUAACAGCAAGCUUUUGUCCAUGAUCUUUAAUGGAGUUAAAAUGUUUAUGGUAAUUGUAACCUUUUAAAUGAGUUUCAUGAAAAGAGCAUCUCAUUUUUAAUACACCCAGAUAUUUUCUCCUUGCCUUUGUGCAUUUUCCGGGACUUAAUUUUCUUGAUUUAUCUUUUCCCUUUCAAUUGUAGCGAAGGAUAAUAAGUAGAUGCUAUCUAGCCCCUGGACACAUUACCAUCUGUGUUAUCAUAAAAAGUCAUCCAGAAAGUCAGGGGGUUGGAAAUCUCGAGGUGGGAUUUGGAAGAUCAUGAAGGAAACACUUCCUUUCUCAGCCCACUUCAUAAUAACUAUUUUCUGACACUGAAGUUCUGUAGAUGAGAAUAAGAAAAGUUUACUUUCCUGAGUUAUCACGUAUAAAAGCUCUGCCUUGUGUUUGGAAAAGACGUGGCUGAUUCGACUGCCUGGAUGGUUACAUUUGCUUUCCAUGAAUUGCCCGGAAAAUGUCAGGACAUUCCUUCUCUAAUUGUGUGUCAGUGCGCAUUGUAAUAAAACUACCGAUUUAAAAUAA